UCAUAAGAAGUAUAUAGCAAGUGGAAUGUUGACAGUACGCAUGCAUAUAUGUAAUUUGCAGCAACAUUUUUGUAAACAAUAAGAGCGUCAUAAAUCUGUUUGUAACAUAAAGUCCAGGUUUUUAAUUGAUGUCUGUCAUUAAUAUAACGGCGCUUGUAUUGACAGCUGUCGCGUCAGAAAACUCGGAGAAGAUUGACUUGCGGGGAGAGAAUGUUAAAUGAUUUAUAUUGAAAGGCAUGUGAUAAAUAUUCAGGGGUAAUUUAUAUUAACAAUAUGACAGACGAGAAGGCGCAAACGCAAGAAUUCAAAUUGGAUCCGGAUUGCGAAUUGCGGUUCGAGGUUGAAAGUAAAAAUGAAAAAGUGACGCUCGAGCUGAAAAGCGGCUUGGCGGAAGUAUUUGGGACGGAACUGGUAAAGGGAAAGAAAUACGAAUUCACUGCUGGAGCUAAAGUAGCUGUAUUUACUUGGCAAAGUUGUACGGUCGAAUUGGUUGGUAAAACUGACGUCAGUUACGUCGCCAAGGAAACUCCGAUGGGUCUGUAUUUGAAUUGCCACGCCGCUAUGGAAAGGCUCAGAGAAACCGCGGAGAAGGACGAUACCAGGGGUCCGAUAACGAUGAUUGUAGGGCCGUGCGACGUUGGGAAAUCUACCUUGUGCAGACUUUUAUUAAACUACGCAGUCAGAAUGGGCCGCAGACCAAUUUUUGUAGACUUAGACGUCGGCCAAGGUCAUAUAGCGAUACCUGGCACAGUUGGAGCUCUGCUCGUCGAACGUCCGUCGAACAUCGUGGAAGGCUUCAGUCAGCAGGCACCGCUGGUCUUUCAUUUUGGCCACAAAUCUCCGCAGACCAAUGUUGCUCUGUACAAUCUUCUAGUAACAAGAUUAGCGGAAGUUUGUUCCGACAGACUUCAAGCUAACAAAAAGGCGAGAGUUUCCGGUAUUGUGAUAAAUACUUGUGGAUGGGUGAAGGGAGAUGGGUACAAAUUACUAACUCACGCGGCUCAAGCUUUCGAAGUAGACGCGAUUUUGGUAUUAGAUCAAGAAAGACUUUACAACGAACUUGUCAGGGAUAUGCCUGAUUUCGUUAAAGUCGUUUUUCUACCAAAAAGCGGUGGUGUGGUAGAGAGAAGCCAGACGCAGAGGAUAGAAGCCAGAGAUCAAGGUGUCAGGGAAUAUUUUUAUGGAUCCAGAACUCCGCUAUAUCCGCAUAGUUUUGAAGUUAAAUGGAGCGAAGCUAGAUUGUAUAAAAUUGGAGCUCCGGUGCUACCCGCAUCUUGUAUGCCGCUGGGAAUGAAAGCGGAGGACAAUUUAACGAAAUUAGUUGCUGUUACACCUGGUCCAAAUCUACUUCAUCACUUGCUGUCGGUCUCCUUUGCCGAUUCACCGGAGGAUGAUGUGGUACAAACCAAUGUUGCUGGAUUCGUCUGCGUGUAA